AUGCUGCCCCAAAGCCUGGGCAGAGGACGGAAAUCCGGCUACAUCGUGGAAUUCAUCCCCAAGUCCUUGCCCUACAGCUGUAUGGCAGUGGCUUUGGCGGAACUGAGCAUCGCCUCCCAGUUGCUGCGCGAGGUGAUCCUGCAGGCUCGUGCGCCACAGAGGCCAAAGAGGCUCCAAGCCGAGGGCGAGUGGCAUGCCGAUGGAGGAGACGUAAAGUUGAAAGGUUUGGAUCUAAAGCCCUGGAAGCUCAAUCCUCCACAGGAAUUGGCUGUUCGAAGCGCUUUGCAGGAGGAGUUGUCGUUGAUCCACGGUCCGCCGGGCACUGGGAAGACCACCACGGCUUCAGCGCUGUGUGUCCUCUAUGCGCUCUCGAAUCUGGACAAGGGUGAGGUCGCUGCAGUCUUGUAUUGCACUCCUAGCAACGAUGCUGCGGACGUGGCCUGUUUGCGGGUGGCUGUGAGCUCGUCCCAGCAUUUUCAAGCCUUGAGUCAGCGGAGGAGGCAAGAGGUCCUGGCAGCCGGAGGCACUGACGAUUGCGCCAUUUGCUUCAACACAGGCUGCAACGCCAUUACGGCGUGUGGCCAUCACUUCCAUCGCAGUUGCUUGGAGAAGGCGCAAGCCGCCGGCACCCGCGGCUGCCCCCUGUGCCGGCGACCCUUGAGGCGGCCAGAAGGAGGCCUUAUGGCGCUCCGGGUCUAUAGCGCCGAGAUGGAACGGGGCGACUUCCCUGUGCCGAAGCGCAUCGAUCAUCCCAGCGCCAAGCCGCGCAAGGUGCGCCGCGUGGCCGAGGCCAUGCGGCCCUUUGCACUCCAUUGGCGUUGUCAUGGUUUAGCGCCCGGCGUGGAAGCGACCCAAGAGUCCUUGGAAGCGGGCAUGGCUUAUGAACGGAUGUUGCAGGCCGGUUUGGACAGCCCUCACUUCGAUGAGCUCCGCAUGGAGUACUACCUGGCUCUCAGUGCCGCACGGUGUGCCGAGUUGAAGCGUGCAGAUGUGGUCUUCGCCACCUGCAUCUCCGCACGACGCGGCGGUUUGAGCGCCGCAUUGCAGGCUGAGGGCGCGCCCGAGCUGCUUCAAGUGGUCUUGGAUGAGGCAGGGAUGGCACCAGUGUGCUUGCAGGCAUGUCUUUUUUCGUCUGCACAGUGGCCCUGGGGGGCAGACACUGGACAUGGCCUGAACGAGCUGAGCGAGCCAAACAACAGGAGCGGCUGA